GCCAUCUGAAAUUGUGGAUGAGAUUGUGGAUAUCAUCUUCCUUUUCUCUCAACACACAGUUUCGGAAGAAGUUUUAUGGACUAAUUUCCCUGAAUCCCACUUCAUAACUGUCACUGAUCGAUCCAAUGGAGCUUUUCCUUCUUCUUCCUUCCUACAAACAAAACUCCACUAUUUUCCACAAGCCCCUUAACCCCUUCGCCAUUAUGGGGAAGAGACGGCCAUCUCUUUUCCCUUGUCGAUGCUCCUUAUCGUCUUCACAUGAAAAAUCUUUAGAACAAGCUAAAGAAUCGCUGCGGUGUGAGGGAAGAAGGGCAUUGAUUGGUUCUUUCCUGACGACGGCUGCUGGCAUAUAUUUCUGCAAUGUAGCCGAGGCUGUUAGCACAAGUAGAAGGGCUCUAAGAGGAGCAAAAAUACCUGAAAGUGAGUUUACAACUCUCCCAAAUGGUCUGAAGUACUAUGACUUGAAGGUCGGAGGAGGAACUAAGGCUGUGAUUGGAUCCCGUGUUGCAGUUCACUAUGUGGCUAAAUGGAGAGGGAUCACCUUUAUGACAAGUAGACAAGGGCUUGGUGUUGGUGGAGGAACGCCUUAUGGAUUUGAUGUGGGCCAAUCAGACAGGGGGACGGUCCUCAAGGGAUUGGAUCUAGGUGUUCAAGGAAUGAGGGUGGGAGGCCAGAGAUUGCUUAUAGUUCCUCCUGAGUUAGCUUACGGAAGUAAAGGGGUUCAAGAAAUUCCUCCAAAUGCAACAAUAGAGUUGGAUGUGGAAUUAUUAUCCAUCAAGCAAAGUCCAUUUGGGACUCCAGUAAAAAUUGUUGAAGGUUAAUAAAUUUCUCAGUGAUAUGGAUUGGCAUUGAAACUAUGAAAUUGGUGCUGAAGGGGAAAGCUUACCUGGUUUGAGUCUUCUUUUCAGCAAGAUAUGUCCAUUACCAUUUUGAUUAAUAUUUAUUUUUUAUUGAAAUGUAAAUUCAUUCUCCCAUCUUAUGAAUAUAUAUCACAUGUACUUUAUGGAAAGCAACUGAGAUAUUUGGGUAGUGCAGGUUCCAUUAGAA